UUUAGCAAGAAAUAAAGGGAGACAUCUGUUGGGGGAACAGAGUUUAGGACAAACCGGGUUGUCAAGAGCUCAGUUGCAACAGGCAAUAAUAUUCGUGAAGUCGUUGAGGCUCCUAGCAAAGAUUCUUCCAAGCCGAAUAUGAAAAUUGAAGUUUCCCAAAUGAGUGUUGGAUUGUUGGAGAGAGGCAACCCUUACAGGUGUUUGAAGGGUUUAAGUUGCCUCAGGAUUUUGGAGCCUAUGUUGCCUGUUCAUUUCAUUUCUGAUUUUGCACGGAUUGUCGAUUCUUAUGAAGAGGAUGUGGAAAGGCGUUGGACGGAGAAGUUUAAUCUUGAGUUAGCCGCUGCGAAGGAGGCGCGAGCUGCGGCUGAGAGGAGGGUUAUUGAGAUUGAGCUCAAGGAGAAGCAAUCUGCUGAGGAAAUAGCCUCGUUAUUGAGGCAGAAGAACAAAUGGGAGCGUGAACGCGCUGAUCUUACCUCGUCCUUAGCCUUGCUUAAAGAUGAAAAAAGCAUUUGAAAGCUUCAAUCGAUUUGGAGAAGGGUGCUUGAGCAUGGCUUAGUUGUGAGAUGAGUGUUGUUAAAACAACGAAGAAGACCAUUUCUGAAGAGUUGGAGGUUGUCCGAAAGGAGCUGCUCCAAAGUCAAAAUGAAGC